AUGUUCGGGGUGCUGCUGGAGAUGUACGGGCAUGGCCUAUCGGGAUCGACCAUGCAUGCAGUGAACGCGGACAUCCUUGACCUUUGCUACUCAUCCUCGAAGACAGAAGCAGGAGCAGCAGCGUGCAUAGCCAAGGGGCAUGGGCUCAAAACCUAUCAAGAAAAAAAGCAGUUCUUGCAAGGGCUGUCUGAAGGCCUGAAGAAGUGUCCUUACGUCACAUGCAUGAUUUCUACUCCUGGAGAUCCUGCUGUCAGCCCUGGUAUCUCGACUGUAUGA